AUCCGAGCUUAGAGCGGUUUAGACUCUAGUCAUGAGCAAAUACAGCACGCUGAUCCUUCUUCUGACAAUAAUCUCCGGUUUCUGCAAAGGAGAAAAUCAUACGCGUGGGUGGCUGCCAGAGUUCUGUGUCGUCGGCGAGCAAAAGUGUCCCAACUCGCGAGUUUCGUUUUGGCUUUAUACCAACCAAACACGCGACGAUCCCAUACAACUAGAUCCUUUGAAUCCGCAAAAGGACAUCUUCAAGCCGCGUCUGCCACUCAAGAUACUCAUCCAUGGAUUUAUAGGCAACAGGAACUUGACACCCAAUUUGGAAGUUAGAGAUGUGCUGCUCCAAACUCAGCCUGUAAAUGUGAUAUCCGUGGACUAUGGGACAUUGGUGCGAUGGCCGUGCUAUUAUCCUUGGGCCGUGAAUAAUGCACCAAUUGUCUCUGAGUGUCUGGCCCAGAUGAUAAACAAUCUUAUCUCAGCUGGCAUCAGCAGACGUGAGGAUAUUCACUUGAUAGGCUUCAGUUUGGGAGCCCAAGUGGCUGGAAUGGUGGCCAACUAUGUGAGCCAACCUCUGGCCAGGAUAACUGGCCUGGAUCCUGCGGGUCCUGGCUUUAUGAUGCAGCCCUCCUUGCAGCAAAAACUGGAUGCCAGUGAUGCCGACUUUGUGGAUAUCAUACACACCGAUCCGUUCUUCUUCUCGAUGCUGCCGCCAAUGGGUCAUGCAGACUUCUACCCCAAUCUCGAUCAGCUUAAUCAGCGGGGAUGCAGUUACAUCAGCAACUGGAGGUUUUACAACUGCAAUCAUUACCGAGCAGCCGUAUACUACGGAGAAUCGAUAAUCUCGAGAAGGGGUUUUUGGGCCCAGCAAUGCGGCGGAUGGUUCGAUUUCUUCUCGCAGCGGUGCAGCCACUACUCCAAUAUGCCCAAUACGCAAAUGGGUUACUUUGUCUCAGAAGAUGCCUCUGGCUCGUACUUUCUCACCACCCAUGAGGUUGCUCCCUUUGCCAAAGGACCUCUGGUUGAAGUCGAAUUUGACGUUUCGGAACUUCGAAAUUUCACGGAAAUAGAAUUAAGAUGAAAUAUAAAUAAGUUUAAU